UAUAUAUUAUAUACGGGUAUGAUAACCCCACUCCUGUUGCUAUUUUGCUUAUCAGAAAAGAAUGAUUUGUGUUUAGACUGUAUUAGGCGAUAUAUCCGAAUGCCCAUUACCCGGAUAACACAACAGCUUGUUUUCCCGGUUCAUUCACAUCCACGUAUAAAGUACAUUUUGAUAGUUAUGUAACGCAAUGUGAAGACGUUUUUACGAGUUCGUUUCCUUUCAACGGUUUUGGAAAUACAAUGAUUUAACUGUUUAUCAUGUAUGUAUUUGUGUAGAUACUUGUUAAAAACCUGUUAAUUAGUUAGGUAUUAUAAAGUAUAACGACAGCUGUUAUUUUAUUAUUGUAUUGCCAUUACCUGUAAUAUAAAUAAGUGUGUUUUUUAUCUGUGAUUUGUUUAUUUAUAAUGGCUUUAAAAAAAGUCAGAGGUAACAUUGAAAGGAUGUUUGACAAAAAUUUAACUGAUCUUGUACGCGGUAUCCGUAAUAGUAAAGAAAAUGAGGUAUGUGUUGGUAACUUAAGUUUUAAAAAUAAAAUUGAAAAUUCAAAUAUGAUUUCCCAUUAUCAGUUUUUAUUAAGUGUUUAAUUUUAUUGUAGGCUAAAUACAUUGCUCAAUGUAUGGAAGAAAUCAAACAAGAAUUAAGACAGGAAAAUGUGGCAGUUAAGGCAACAGCCGUGGCUAAACUUACUUAUGUAAUAAUUGUUGUAAAAUAAAAUGUGAACACGUUAAAUUAUUAAUCAUUAUUUUAUUAGUUACAAAUGUUGGGCUAUGAUAUAAGUUGGGCAGGGUUUAACAUUAUUGAAGUCAUGAGUUCAUCAAAGUUCACUUACAAAAGAAUUGGAUACUUAGCAUCGUCUCAAAGUUUCCAUACCGAUACAGAUGUAAGUAAUGGUGAAAUUUACUAUUUCAUAAUCAGUAAUUAGAUAUGUAAAAUUUGUAUUUUUAUGUGAUUGUUUUAGUUAUUGAUGUUAACUACAAAUAUGAUACGUAAGGAUUUGAAUAGUCAAAAUCAAUAUGAUGCUGGUGUUGCUCUUUCUGCCCUUGCUUGUUUUAUUAGUCCAGAUCUAGCUAGAGAUUUAGCUAAUGAUAUAAUGACAUUGGUAACUAAUUUUAAUAUAAUCAUUUGUGUAUAAUACAUGUGACUUGGACAUUGUGAAAUGGACAAGUCAGUCCAUUUCAAUUUAAAAUAAAUAUUUAUAAUUGGCUAUAGUUGUCCUCCACAAAACCAUAUUUGAGAAAAAAAGCUGUGCUCAUGAUGUAUAAAGUAUUUCUUCGGUUUCCUGAAGCAUUGCGUCCAGCAUUUCCACGUUUAAAAGAUAAAUUAGAAGACAUGGAUUGUGGGGUUCAAUCAGCUGCAGUAAAUGUAGUAUGUGAAUUAGCAAGAAAGAAUCCAAAAAAUUACUUGAGUUUGGCACCUGUAUUUUUCAAAUUAAUGACUUCUUCUACCAAUAAUUGGAUGCUGAUCAAGAUAAUAAAAUUGGUAUUAUUCUUAAUUUUUAAUAAUUUCAUAUACAAGGUGUUAUAUGUAGUAUGUUACACUCAAUAUAUUAGUAAAUUGUAUGUAUAUCAUCAUAUUCAUUGACCAAUCACCAUGCGUGAAGUAAUUUGUUAUCCCAAUAUAAUUGUCUAUGUACUCUGUAUCUAAUAAUCAACUAUUAGUAUUAAAAAAAUUAAAUUAUCAGAAUAAAUUUAAUGGUCAAACAUAAGUUUUAUAUAAAUGUAAUAUCUAUUAUAAAAUCAGAGUUUUUUUUACAUGAUGUCAAAACACUCUGGACAUAUUUCUAUUAGAUCUUUCCAAAUAAGUUUUGCGCAGUUAGGACAAACUUUCUUAGUUUUUCUGUCUCGAACUCUUUCACAAAAAGCACAUCGGCCAGAUGCUCUAAUCCUUUAAUGUGCUCCUAUUUCAUUGUUUGUUUGCUGAUAAUAUUCUUAUAGACAUGUUUUUAUUGAUCUAGGUAACACAUUAAUUAAUUGAUUUAACUGAUUAGUCACAAGUUCUCUUAAAAGAGUUUUUAAAAAUAAUAAACGAGUAAUUUUAGUUUUAUUAUUUUACAAAUGAAUUAUCUGAGCGUUAAGUCCACCAAUGUUCAAAAUAAAAUAAAAUAUUAUUAGGGGCCAACGUUUACUUCACAUAGCUACGAAUAAUUUUCUGCCAUCAAAUCCAUAUUGUCAACUCCUUCUUUAGUUGCAUUGUACAUCUUUGAUUUCCUAUUUUUUUUUUGUUUCCAGUAGUUUUAUUGAUAUACUUAUAAUUAUGCAUUAUUGAUAGUAAUAAAACCACUUUAUUUUUCAUUGCUUUGUAAGAUGCUAAUGUUUUUUGUUCAGAAAAAUCAAAAUAUGACAAAUAUACUUCUCGACAAUUUAUUGAAAUAAAAUUGAUGAUAAUUCACAUUUAUUUUGGAUUCUGAGCGGAGCAAGGCAUAUAUUAGCUUUACAAUAAUAUUUAUAAUUUUUGUGAAAUUUGCAACACCAGAUUUUUCAGUUACACGAUUAUAUUUUGAUGUACAAACUCAUUGAUUUGAAAGUUUUCUACUCGAUUUUGUUCCAUAUUUUCUCUUAAAAAAAGGUACACGUAUACUAAAUGGUAUAUCGUCAUCAGAACUAUUUGAAUUAUCCAUAAAUAUAUUUUCUUCAUCUAAGCAACAUGACUGUUCUAUGUCUGAAUCAUAUUCAAAAUGGAUAUCUUCAACUUCAAUAUUAGAACAAUUGUCUUCACUUCCUAAUAUUUCUCAUUUAGUUUCUUCUAAAAAAAAGUAUUCGUCUAUUUUUUAUUAAAUCCAUUUCAAAAUAAAACUUGUAAAUAGAAAAAAGAAUUGCAAAUUUAUACUGUGGGAUAUUUUUAUUUCAAACUGAUGAGUUAUACUAUUCGAAUGAAUGUCUAGAAUAAAUUAAAGGCCACACAUAAUUGGUAAACCGAUUAAUUUUUAAUAUACCUAUUUUAAGAAAGCUAGAUAAAAUUUCAGCGCUAUCUUACCUUAUAAACAGGGGUUUUACAAUCAGCUUAAAAACAGCUGGGGUAUCUCUACACCCCACGCGCGUGAUGAUGGGUUAACAUAACAAGAGUUAACAGAAACCAAAAUGCAUUUACUGUGAGUUAGCAGGUGUAGAUGUGGAUAAUGCGUUUUGGUUUUUGUCACAUAGCACACUUUGUGGGUUAUUUAUUUAUAUACAUUAAAGUAAACUAUACAUUUUUUUUUUAAAUUAAUAUAUUUUACUUUUAUUAUCUACAUGGUUAAGGUAUUUACAUUUUUUUAAAUUUAUGGUUCGAAGCAGAAUGUAAAAUAAUGAAAAUUUACUGUAAUAGAUAUUAUAUAUAUAUAUAUAUACAUAAUUUAUUGUUUGACAUGAUUUAAAAAGAUGUGCAAAACAAAUAUUUUAUUAUGCUACUGUUUAUCUGCUCAGUUAUUUUAAAAUUGUAUAAAUUAAAAAAAACUCGGUUGUUUAAUAUCUUUAAUAAUAACUACAUUGUUAAAAUACAAUUAGAAAAAAUAUGCUUUGAAAUAUUAAUAUUAAAAUAUAUUACAUACAUAUUGAAUAUAAGUAUAAAUAUUAAAGACUCAAAAUUAAGAUUAAAAGAGUUAUUAUAACAAUAAUAAAUUCAGUAUUAUGAAUUUUUUAGUUAAUAUCUGUAAAAAUACAAAAAUGAUAAAAAACAUGUUAAAUAAAAUACUUGCUUUAAUUACUAAUAAUAUUUAUUUUAUAUUUAUUCAUAGUUUGGAGCAUUAACCCCACUUGAACCGCGACUAGGAAAAAAACUCAUAGAACCCCUUACUAAUUUGAUCCACAGGUAAGAUAAUUCUUAUUUUAAAACAUUUAAUUCUGAAUUAAAAUUAAAGAAAUUAAUCUUAACCCUACAGCGCUUAGUUUUUUAUAUGCUUGAUAAAUAUAUAUAUAUAUUUUUUAAAAAUAAUUUUGGCUUAAUCCAAGUGUUUUUAAUAAAUAUUCAACUACAUUAAACAAAAAUAUAAAUAUAACGCUGAAAUAUUUGAACAUUUAUUGUUUUUAAGAAUCAAAUUGUAAUUAUCUUCAGAAAUAUUAUAAUUAAAUAUUUAUCAAAAAUAUUAUAAGACUUAUUAUUUUUGUAGGCUUAGGACUGAUAGUAGAUUUACUAAAAAAGAUUCAAUUGUAUCAAAUAGUUAUAAAAGCGGACAAAAUAAAGACAUUUCUCACUUUUGGAGAUGGUAUGUUUGAGGGUUGUAAAAAUAUAAUUCUUAAGCUUUGUAAAUUUAGAUUAGUUUGCAGUAUUAAAUUAUAUUCUUGAAUAAUUAUCAAUUAUUUUUUUUUUUUUAAUUAUCCUAGAAAUAAUAUAAGACCCAGUAUAGAUAUAAAUUAAAAACCUAUAAAUAUAAAUUAAUUACAUUUUUGGAAUAUCCUUCUAUAUUGUGUGUGUGUAUUUUUAAGUUAACAACUAUGUGUAUUGCUAAAAUAUAAUUUUUGUUUUGAUUAACAAAUAUUUGAUUAAUUGAAUUUGAUUAAUUUGUUAUGUCAAACCUACCUCCUAACAAAAAACAAAAUUAUAAUAUCCAAUUAGAUAUUUUAGUAAUUACUAAAUUAAAUCAAAAUUGAUAUUCUGUAAGAUAAUUACUGAAAAUUGUAUUUAUUAUUUAUUGAUAUUAUACAAAUAAACCAAUGAUGUAUACAAAUAAAAUUAACUUAUUUUUGUAUAUUUUCAGUACUUCUGCAAUGUCUCUUUUGUAUGAAUGCAUUAACACAGUGAUUGCUGGUAAGUACAUUACUUUUAAAAUUCAUAACAUAAUAAUUUAUAAUAUUAGAAACCCAACAACUUUUUUCCUGAUUAAUAUAAUUUGUUUUAAAAGGAUAUCAAACAAAGAUUUUUUGCCUUGGUUUAUAAUAAGUCUAACAUACUAGUGAAUCUUUAACUAGUUUGAACUUUUAUUGUCAUAGUAUGAUUUCCAAAAACUAAUUUUUUUUUUUUUUUUGGAAUUUAUUUUAAGUAAAAAAAAAAAAUUAAUAUAGAAGUGUAAAAUAUUAAAAUAACUGUAACAAUAAAACAAUUAAGAAUAUUCAUUACCAAUUAUUGAAGUAAUUAAUAAAGUAAUAUUAAUAUUGUAUUAGAUUUAAAUUUAAAUUAUUCAGUUUUAAUAUCAUCAUUUUUACUAUUACAUUUUAACUGGAUUUUUUUAUAAUUUUAUACUAUUAUAUUACAUUUUACAGUACUUAUAUCAAUUUCAUCUGGUAUGCCAAACCACAGUGCUUCAAUUCAGGUAAUUAUUUUGAUUAACAUUUUUUUCAGUAACAUACCUUACUUAAUCUUAGCAUCUACUUCCAAGUAACAUAUGUACUUAUGAUUUAAUGAUAAUUAAUUAAACACACACUCUAUGAUACAGUUCAAUACAGUGUUUCCCAAACUAGGGGUUAUGAAUACAUUACUGGUGAGAUGCAAACAGUCACCACAAAGUAAAAUUUGUAUUUUUACAUUGUAGAGGAAAAUGAAGAAUUAUUAACGGGAUAAUUAAGUAUUGAUAAAGUUUACAAACAAGGCCAUAUUUUGGUAGGUUAGGUUAGGACAGGAGACAGUUGCCCAGGUGUUUUUAAUUUUGUUUAAUAAAUGUAAAUAAAGAAAAUUUGUAAAGAUUUUUUUUUCGGUUCAUAUUAAGAGGGGGGCGAGAUUUGAAAGAAAGGGAACGUAGAAUAAAAGAGUUAGUAUUCUAAAAAAGCAUACAUAUUUUGGUAAACUAAAACGGUAGAAAAAAAAACAUUAGCAAAUAUACUUUUAAUUAUAGUACUAUAAUAUUAUUUAUUAUGUUUUUAUAUUUUAAAAAUAUUGAUUUCUGAAAUUUUUUUAAUACAACAUUUAUUUUAAAGAAAAUAAAAAAUAAACCACUAAACAUUUUUUUUUUUUAUAAGAAAGUAUUGAUUCGUAAUGUUCUAAAAAUAAAAUUAUUUAUUUUCAAUAUACGAGAGAAAAGUUGUUGGUAAAGAUGUAGUAUAAUAACUUUAGAAUUUUCUAUUUACUUUCUCCAUAAUAUUUCAUUGUUAAGAAUCUUAGUAUUAUUAGAAUGCAAUGUAAUAUAAUGUGCAUGUUAUUAAUUCAAAUUUGAGGAAGGAUAGACUACCACUGUAGUAGGUAGAAUGUUUGAUAAAAGCUAUAGAAUCCAAUAUUCUAUACAUUAAUUAAUUAAUUUAUAUUAAUGGAGAGAUAGAUAAUGAAGACGGGUGCAGCCGUUGGUGUAGGUGGGAAAGUUGGGAAGUUAGGGUAUAGACUGGAAUUUAAUGUAUAUCUGUAAAUAACGAUAAACCAUUGUUUAUGAAAAAACGAUUCUGAGUGGAAUUCAGUUGAUAGUGAUGCUUUGUUAACAAUUAUAUAUCAUUUUGUAGUAAAAUAAUUAAUAAGGCUUUAUAUAAUUUCUUUAAUACAAUUUGUUUAAUGUUUUACCAAUUUUCCCAUUUUUUAUCGCGAUUUUUCAUAUUUGCUGGGAAAAAAACCAAAAAAUAACCUCUUAAAGUACCUCCUUUGUAGAAUUUUUGUUUAGAAACAUUGUUAUCAUUAAAAGUUGGAGCAAAAUUGUGCACAGAAAAAAGAAGGCUGUAGUAUAUUUUAAUUAAUACAGACAUUUUUUAAAUUGUGAUAUUUUUGUUAGUUUUCAAAUUUGAUGAAAAAAUUCUUGAGAGAAUCAAAAACUGAUCCCCUUAAAUUACGACCCCACGCCAAUUUCCUUUCAGAAAACGUGCUAUACGUAGAAAUCCAAGCAAGUCUUCUGGUAGAAAAGUUAUGCACAUAUAUAUAUAUAUAAAAAAAAAAAAAACCAUAAGCUUUCUUUGCUCCACUCAGAAUCUAAAAUAAUAGCUUCUUCACUACUUUAGAAUAAAUGACAAUAUUUCGUAUAAAUUGAACUUUUAAUUUUAAGAUAUAAUACAUAGAUUUUACAAAAAUUAACUUCACAGCUAUCCUGCAUUUGUCCAUUUGCUAUAAUUUAAUUAUAUUCAUUAAUUUAUUGAUUUUUUUGGCUUGUCCAUAUAGUUCUACUUAUAAAAAUAUCAAUGAAUAUAAUUUACAUGUUUUAGUUAUGUGUUCAAAAGUUAAGAAUAUUAAUUGAGGAUUCUGACCAAAACUGUAAGUAUAUAAUUUUUAUGUUGUGUUAUAAUUUUAUUUAAUUACAAUAAACUUAUAUUUUAGUGAAAUACUUGGGUCUUUUAGCCAUGUCUAAAAUAUUAAAAACUCACCCUAAGUCAGUUCAAGCUCAUAAAGACUUAAUUAUGGUCUGUUUGGAUGACAAAGAUGAAUCAAUUAGACUUAGAGCAUUAGAUCUUCUUUACGGAAUGGUGAAGUUAAUACAAAUGUAUAACUUAAUGUAAACCUAUUAAUAAAUAUUUCAUUAUAGGUGUCUAAAAAGAAUUUGAUGGAAAUAGUAAAAAAAUUAAUGGUUCACAUGGAUAAAGCAGAAGGCACAGUUUACCGAGAUGAACUACUUGUAAAAAUAAUUGAUAUAUGUUCACAAGAUAACUAUCAUUUUAUUACAAGCUUUGAGUGGUCAGAUUUUAUUUAAUAUAAUUUUCUUUAAUUUAGAAAUUUAAAUUAAUUUCAAUAUUCCAUUUCAGGUAUGUCAGUGUUUUAGUAGAGUUGGCUCGAGUAGAAGGUAUGAAACAUGGUCCCUUGUUAGCACAUCAAAUGUUAGAUGUCGCUGUUAGAGUUAAAGCCAUUAGGCCAUUUGCUGUUGGUCAAAUGACUCUACUACUUAAUAAUUCACAUAUGUUCAUGCAACCAUCUGGAGGUUCAAACAUGGCUAAUGUGCUCUAUGCCGCAGCUUGGAUUUGUGGAGAAUAUGCCAAGUUAGUAAAUUUAUUCAGAAAUUAAAACUUGUUCAGAUUUUAACUAAAAAUUAUUAUAACAGUGAACUAGAAAAGCCAGAAGAAACUCUAUUCUCAAUGUUGACUGGCAAAGUGCAUUCAUUACCAGGUCAUAUUCAAUCUGCCUAUGUGCAAAACAUAAUGAAAGUCCUAUCUAUAAUAUUGUCAAAAGGAAAUAUUCAACAAUCGAUUAAAGUAUAUUAUUUUUUAAAUUGAAUAUUGCAUUAACAAAUAAAAAUGAAAAAUGUAAUUUUAGGUGUGCAAACGAGUGUCCGAUAAAUUGGUGCAAUAUGUGUCUAGUGGAGAUUUAGAAGUUCAAGAACGUUCAAGUGCAGCAUUGCAAUUAAUUAGUUACAUUCUUAAAGAAUUAGAAAAUGGUGACAAUGAUGAUGUAUGCACUCAAUUAGCUUAUUUGUUUAGUGGUGAAUUGAAUCCUGUUGCACCUAAAGCUCAGCGCAAAGUACAAGUACCUGAAGGGUAUGUACUUUUCAAAACUGAAUAAUGAUAUUUAAUUAAUUAAUGUUUGAAUUGGUUCAUUUAAGAUUAAAUUUAAAUCAAUGGAUUAAUGAGCCAUUACAAAGUUCAUCAGAAAGUGAUGAUGACAAUCUGUCAGAUGGUCAUUCUAAUUUUUUCAAUUUGGGUGGUUUUGAUAAAACUGAAGAAAAUGAAAAUACACCAAACACAGCAGAACAAGUUGAAAAGGUAAUUUUAAAUAAUAUAGUUUAUAUUCUUACAAAAACUAAACUAUUUUGUAUUUUUAUCUGAAAUAUUAGAAUAGAAAAGCUAGACUCCAAGAACAAGAAAAUAAUCCAAAUUAUUUGAAAUUGAACUCUAACAACGAUCAAAUUUGUGACAUUCCUAUUACAUCCAUAGAUCUGCCCACUUCAUUAAAUGUAUCUGGUUUUAUAUCAUCAGAUAAAUAUAUUAAAACUAAAAAGUCCAAAAAAGAUAAAAAAAAAUCUAAAAAAAAGAAAAGAGGACAAAAUAAUUUUGAAGAUGAAGAAAUUGUAGAACCUAUAAUUGAAAUGAUAGUUAAUAGAGACAUAGGAGAAAUGCCAGAUGGUGCAGAAGAUUCUGAUGGAGCAAUAGAUGUGCAAAAAGACAUGAAUGACCCUCAUACUGCUCUUGACAUUGACUUAGAUGUUCCUGAAAUUGAACGUCCUCCCCCCGUUGAGGAAAAGAAACAUAAAAAAAAGAAGAAGGAGAAAGAAAAGAAAAAAAAAACUGAAAAAUCAAAGAAAUUAAAGAAAAUUGAUAAAAAUGAUCAACAAUUGAUUGAAAUUAAACAAGGUUAUGAAGAAGCAUUAGGAAUUUGCACACCAUCUAAAGAAAUUGUGCAAGCUGAAGAUUUAUCAUUCAACAAAUUGGCAAUGGAUAAAUUCAUACUCUUGGUAAUUAAACAUUAAAUGUAUUAUUUUAAUUUAAUAUAAAUACAAAUAUUUUUAUAUUUUUCUAACAUCGUUGUUUUUUUUACAGGAAUACAAAAUAGAUCCUAAAAGUGAAUUAAGUAAUUUAGCAACAGUAUUCUUCCGUUUCACAAAUGUGGGUAACAAUUGUUUGAUUAAAAACAUUGAAAUAGAUGUAACAAAUUCUGCUGCUAUCCAAUUUUUAGAUGAGGUAUAUACUUAUUACUUUCUUUUCAGUAGUAAAUACCUAAUUAAUAGCUACUUAUUCAAAUUAUCAAUUUAGAAAAAUCAAUCAUUGUCUUGGUAUAAACUUAGUAAUAAUAUACAAUGUGGUUCAUCAACAGAAUUAGAUUUAUCUUUGCAAGUAGAAAACAUCACUAUUCCAAACACUCUGCGAGGAACACUUACAUAUAUGGCACAAGUAUGUAACACAAAUUUGAAUGUAUAUAUUUUAUUUUUUAUUUAAAUAAAUUAAAAUAUAAAAUAUAAAAGUAAUAUUUAAAAAUAUUCUUGCUUAUAGAUAAUACAAUAAUAUCUUUUAUAAAUUCAUAAAUAAUAAUUACUUCGGGCAGCGGUUCUCAAACUGUGGUACGUGGUAGGAAACAUGGUGGUACGCAGAAGACUGCGUGGCCUAACAGUACAAAAAAUAAAUUAAUCAAUAUUCAUAAAAAUGUUUUUUAAUGGAUCUAAUACUAUAUUUUAUAUAAUAUUAUAUUGAAGUAUUUUAUUGUAUAUUCUUAUCGUUUUGAAACAAAUGUAAAAACAUUAUUAACUGUUCAAUUUUUUUACUUUUAUGUAGUAUGUGACAGAUCCAUAAAACAUAUAUGUGGUAUGCGAAAUUAAAAGUUUGAGAAACACUGACUUAGGGGAUUCAAUUAUUCAUGCAUUCAGGCCAAUAAUCUGAUGAAAAUAAACAUACUUUUAGUAGUUCAAUUUUACUUUUAAUUUUUUACUUUUUUUUUAUGUUUAGUACAAAACAAUUUUUAAUUUUUUUGUCUCAUUGGCCAUUUAAGGUACUAUUUUAUUUUUAGAAAUUAAGGUAAAUUCAUUUGGUACCUACUACAUAAAAUAUCCAAACUUAGAAGGGGCUAACAAAUUUAAAUUAUUUUUUUUAAAUUAAUAUUGAACUCUUAGAAGUAUUUCUGAAACAAAAUUUUAUACAAUCAGUUUUCAUGAUAAUUGGGAAUAGAGGAAAAUGUUCAAAAUGUAUAUUUUCAAUUUUGUUUUUUUUUAAUAAAAUAAUAAACUAAAAAUACAAUUUUUAAAAUGGUUAAUACUUGUAAACAAAUAUAUAAAUGAAAAAUUUAUAAAUAGAAAUAAAAAAUAAAUAAAUAAAUGAAUGCGUUUCCUGGAAUAUUAUUCACCUGGUUUCGAAUUAAAAACUCAUCAUCAAAUCACAGCCAAAUUGUAAAAUGUGACUAAAUAUAAAAAAUUAAAUGAAGUUUUGAAUACAUAGAAAAAAAUUAUACAAAUUGGUUGUUUUACAUAGAAAUAAUUUAUUUUAAUAAGAGAUUAUAUAAAAUGGGUGAUUAAAUAGACAUAGAUUUGUUAAGAAAUAUAGAUUAUUUGGUUAUUAUUUACUACCUGAAAUGUAUUUACAUUUCAGGUAGUAAAUAAUAUUUGUAUAAGAUAUUAUUUUUAAAAGUUUGUAAAUUUAAAAUUAUUUUUCUUUAUUUCAUUGUAUAUAUGUAGUUUUUCUAAAACUGAAUUAAUGUAAAUAUUAUUUUGGGUAUACUUAUAACUUAUAUUUGACUUUUCUAGACUCCAUACAAUUUUCAAAAUAUUUGUGUCAUUUUUGAGCUAUUUAUAGAUAUUUAAAUUUUGUGAGGUUUUUACAUACAUUUUUAUUCGGUAGGUAAUCUAUGGAUAAAUUGUUAGGCCAAACAGAAAUACUUGAAAACUUAAUAGGAAGUUCAUUAUAAGUUGUACUUUUGGUACAAAAAAAAUAAUUUUUUUAUCAAAUUUAAUUAUUGAUAAUAUCCUGAUUGGGUGAAAAACUUGAAACAAAUGAGAACAAAAAAGUUUAGACUUUCUUUAUCUGUUUUGCUUUUUGUUUUAAAAUAUUACGAGUUGCUUUCCAAAGAGAACCAUUAUUUGAUGUAAGAAAUAAAAUCUAAGAGCUAAAAUUCUAAUUUCUUAAUUGGUUUAAAAUUUGUUUUAUUGAAAAGACAGGAAUAUUUGUUCAUCAAAUAGAAGAUGAGUACGUUGGCAAAGAGCUCUGACACAUUUUUUCUUUGCUAAUAACUCUUAGAUAUACGUAGAGAUUGGGAAAAAGUGUUUUAAUAGAAAAGAACCAAACAAUUGAUUAUGAAAUUCUCUGAAAUUCUGGACGGAGUCUUCUAUGACAUCAUCUGGGUACUGAAGUCAAAUUGUUAGUUUAACUUUUUGGUCAAUGGUUUCACGAAAUUUAUUCCAGUUCAUAAACAAUUCGCCAGACAGACUUGAUGAAGACAAAUGAAUGCUGGGCAUCUCGGGAUAGGAAAUCUGAAGUGUGGUCUAAACGUUUUAAAGACAGCAAAGAGCGAUAGUAAUGGAUUUAUAAGUAAUUUAAAUUCAUUAAGAGAGUUAAGAAGUAUACUAUAGUUUUAAAAUUUUGGUGAUUGAGUUAAGUUGAAAGAAGUAGCCUGUAUAUAACUGGGGAAGUUUUUUAAGGUGUAUUAGUGUUGAAUAUUGACUGUUGAGUAGUUUCACAAUUAAAAUUUCUAACAUUAUUUAGACAUCUUUUAGUAGGAUAAUUACUAUUCUUAUUUGAAGUGAAUUUAUGAAGUUGCUAAAGAUUUUCAUAUUUUUGACAACCUUUAUUAAUCAGAUGGUCUCUUUUGAAAAAUACAACUCCCUAGUUUUAUCGCAUUGGGUAGGUGCCUGUUAUUUACCACAACACAAAAACAUCUUGGGGAGUAGAACAGAAUUUCUUAGAAUGACCAUAAUCCAGAUAGUUAAACAUUGUAUUAUUUCUGUUUGUGUAGUUCUUCAAUUUUAGAUUCUGAGUGGAGUGAAGAAACUUAUGAUUUUACAAAGAUAUUUAUUAUUAUUUUUUUUAUCUGUGGACAACUUUCUACCAUAAAUCUUACUCAGAUUUUUAAAUGUAAUACCUUUUCUGAAAUGAAAUCGCAUUAGGGAGGUAAUUUUUUUAUUUUCUCAGGAGCUUUCUCAACAAAUUGAAAAAAAUGGAAAAAUGUACGAAAUAUAUUAGUAAAAUAUUACAAACUUUUUUUUCUGUGGUUUUCCCAUGUUAUUUCUCGGUUUUUCCAUUUAUUGGGAAAAUCAAAAAUUACGUUCUUAAAGUACCUUCCCAGUCAAAUAUUCCUUUUAGAAAAAAAGUCAUUCAUUCUAUCACUGUAAAUCAGAGCAAAAUUGCUGGUAGAAAAGUUGUCUACAGAAAAAAACAAUUGUAAUAUUUUACUAAUUAUACAUACAUUUUCCUUUAUUUUUUUUUUCGGUUUUUCUCAUUUGAUGAGAAAAUACAUUCCGAUUUUCUUUCAAAAAAUGUGCUAUUGUUCUAAAUCGGAGCAAGAUUUCUGGUAGAAAAUUUGUCCAUAGAAAAAAAUAAAAAUAAAAAUUUUUGUAAAACCAUAAGCUUCUUUACUUCACUCAGAAUCAAAAAAUGGGAAAAUGGGUAAAAUAUUAUUAAAUAAAAUAUAUAAUGCUUAUGUAAUUAUUUUAUCAUAAUAUGGCAUUGUUGCUUUGCCAAUAAUAUGUAUGCCAUAUUAUUGACAAAGCAACAAUUUUUUCUACUAGAAAAUAUUGUUCUAAUUAAAAAUUAAUAAAAGAUUAAUAUUAUUCUCUUCAAUAUCUAGUCACUGACAGAGAAAGUAAUUUUAGAUUCCAAGCGUAGUGAGGAAAUUAUUGGUUUUACUGUUUCUUUCUUUUUUUUCUUCUAGUCUGUGUACACGUUUUUUCCUAGUAAACUUGCUACAGUUUUUACGUGUAGCAACUUUUCUUAAAGCUCAAGUUGUCUAGAUUGUAUUUUAGAGGGGUUUGAUUUUCGACACCAUUUUUAAAUAAAUCACUUACAGUUUCAUUAUUUUAUAAAAACACUGACGACGUUUUCAAACCAGAANAUUUUAGAGGGGUUUGAUUUUCGACACCAUUUUUAAAUAAAUCACUAACAGUUUCAUUAUUUUAUAAAAACACUGACGACGUUUUCAAACCAGAAAAAAUGAUUUAAUCGAAAAAUCAAAAAAUACCUUUUUUAUUGCCUUUUUGAUUAGCUUUCCUACGGUAUCAUCGCCAAGACUUUUGAGCUUUUAAGGAAUUUAAAUUUUUUGUGGUUUUUUGCUGUAAUUUUAUUUUAUAUGCAUGUAGAGACUUGAAACUAGGUAAUAAUUCUUACAUUGGACCUACCUAGAUGUGGUAAAAUUUUCAAAAUCAUCGGAUGACCUUUUUUUUUUUUAAAAUAAGCGUUUUGAAAUCAAAUUUAAAUGAAAAUUGCAAAAAAAUUAUAUUACUUGAAAUUAUGUAUUAUCGAACUACGCUCAAAAUCGUCUUUCAUCAACAAUGGUGUAUAGUUGUUUACAGAUAUAAAUGAAAUAACCUUAUGUAUCCUACCUUCUCAACUUACUACCUACAACAUUGCCGCUUCCAUCCCCAGUAUAAGCUCUUUUUGAUAUCUAAAGUAAUUUUCAUAAUUAUUAUUAUUAUUAAAUGACGCAAAAGAGCUUUUACAAUAAAAUAGUACAUUAAAAAAAAAAAAAAAACAAUCAAUAUAAUUAUAAUACAAAUACAAUAAAAAAAUGUACAUGCAAAAGUUGAAAAACACAAUAAGAUUCGCUAAUUUAGUAGCUAUAAAACGAAGGGUUCUCAUUGGCAAGCCUCAUCAUGUGGAUGAUGAACUCAUUUUAGAAAUAAUGAGCCAAGCAAAAAGAAAUAUAAAAUUGAGUAGAACUCUAGGUGUAUCGAGCUGGAACCUUAAAAUUAAUUAUUUCGAGGAGAGAAGGAAAAUCAAUAAUACCAGAAAGUAGCUUAUUAAGGAAAAAGAGGUUUUGUGCAAGAUGACAGUUUGCCAACAAGUCUAAAUUAAGGUAACAAAGAACAUGUGUGUAGUCAUGAGGGGGGCGGCAUUUAAUAUAUAAGACAUAUUUCGCAAAAUCUAAAAAUUGUCUUAGUACUCACUCAACUUGUUUACUGGCAUCAACAGUAAAAUGAUCUCAAAUAACAAAACAUAAUAAUUAGGAAAAACCAAAAAAAAUUUAAAAAAAUUGGUUUUUUCAAAUUACUUUAACAAUUUUAUUGUUUAAAAUUUUUAAGAUUAUUUUAUUUUCACAUAGAAAAAAAUACUUAAUAAAAAAACAAUAAUAUUAAAACCCUUUGGUUCUACAAAAUCUAAAAUACUCACACAUAGUUAAACCAAUAAAUUCUUUGCUACAUUCAGAAAAUUGUAAUUAAUUAAUGUAUAUUAGGUAUUUAGAACUACUGCCACUUGGGAAUUUGAGUAGUCAAGAACAAAUUUGAAAAAUAAUGUUAUUGUAAUUGAAAAUUUCCCUAAUUAUCUGAAAAUAACUGAACCUUAAUUAUUAUAUUAUAAUCUAAGGAAAUAAUACUAAGUAAUUUUAUUUUAAUUUACACAUAUGAAGUAAUAAAUAUUUAAGUUUAUUAGUGAAAAACUCAUUAUAAUUUAUGAAUAUGUUACUAGAUGUUUGAUGAAGACAAUUUUCACCAAGAUAAAUUAGACUGGCGGCUUACCGUAUGUGUCUCAGAUAUGUUUCUUAAAGCUGCUCCAUCUGUACCACUAGUUGAACUGCUGUGUAAUGGCCAGUUAGUUUUUAAAUCGUCUGUGAUCUUGUCAGGCACCAAUUUUAACCAAGUAAUAAAUUGGUUUUCCACUAAACUACAUCUCGUAUUAGUGGAACGUGUUGGUGAAACCUCAUCACUUUAUGGAUCAACAGCUUCUAAUGAACAAUUAUGUCUCUUAGUAAAAUCUAAUGCUAACAAUGUUUCUGUUGAAGCUAAAUGCACGUCACAAGCAUUAGUUGAUAAUUUAAUGAGUGAAAUUAAAUCCACUUACAAUAUCUAACAUGAUAUUAUAAUAUUCCAAUUAUAUUCUUAAUUUAACUGUUUUAUAAAAUGGAUACAUCAUUUGAUACUCUGGUAAACAAAUUAACAUUUUAAUAGUUUUUAAAAGAAUGGUUAACUUAUAAUUAUAUAAUUGUAUACCUUUAUUGAAAAUAUUAGUUGGCCUUUAAAUUAUAUUUUAUUUAUUUAUAUAUUAUAUUAUUAUAUAAAUAAUCAAUUAAAUGUCAUAUUUAUAUUUGUACACAAAACAAAUGUUUUUAUAUUUUAUUAUUAUUUAAUGAAUAAUCAAUUAUGACUUUUCCUAUUAUAAUGAUCAAAUACAUUUAAGUGAUUAUUUUGAUAUUAAAAUAUAUUUUUGUUAGUAUGAGCUAUAUUGAAAAAUACUUGGCUUAUCCAAGCCUCAAAUGUAUAUGGAGAUUUAGCUACUUUUAUAUUUUAAAAAAAUUGGAUACAAAAUAUAAAUGCAUUGUAUGUUUUGAUAUUUUAGCCCAUUUAUGAAAAAUGUGAAAAUUCUAAGUGUUAAUUGUUAUACAUGUUAUUUAAACAAUAAACAUCAAUACUAAGUUAAACUUUAUUUUUAUAGAAUACCUAUUC